CGUCGUCCCGCGGUUCGCGCGCAGCUGUCUGCGCGAGCCAGGCCCGGCCGUGAGCUGCGUCACACGUGCAGUGCGGUGCCCGUACGCGGCGCGCGGGCGGCUGCCGCGUCACUCGGCGCGACGCGCUCCAGCGGCGGCCACGGGGUGCGCGCUGCUCACCGCCGGCGGCGCGCGGCGGCAUGGGUCUGCCGGAGCUCAAGAGCAUCAGGAAGUUCGGCCUGGGACGGCGCAGCCUCAAGGAGCCGGAGAGGAGGUGCUGGCAGUCGGCGCAGAGCGCGGCCACCACCGGCCGCCUGCCGACAUCGCUGGCGGCCACUGCCGACCGCGACCCGGCCGUGCUGCGCGCCUACACCACACCCAACAUCUGCGUCCAGGGUGGCCGCAUCGAGUUCAUCCGCGCGCCGGCGGCGGCGGCACGCAGGGAGCUCCGCGAUGACGCCGCCGCCGCCGCCGCCGCCGGGGAGCGGGGCACCGGCGUGCCGCGCCCGGUCCGCGCCUCCCGGGACGAGCAGGCACCCGGCGACGAGCGACGCGAGGGGGCGCCCGUCAGCGACAGACAGCACCGGGCCGCCGCUGCCGUGAGAGGUGAUGACAGCGCCAACGGGACGUCCCUGAAAGACAGGAGGCUGCAUGAGGAGCUGUCUGUCAGAGGAAAGGACUCGCUCAAAGCAAGGCCGCUCAUAGAGGACGGCCGCGGGGGCCGGGAGCUCGAGACCAGUCUGAAAGCGAAGGAGCGCAAGGAGGAGGACAACCAAGAGAUGCGGAACAUGUGUGUAACCCCUCCAGCCGGCUCCGUGUCGCCCGUCAGGUCCCCCACGCCCGGCAGGAAGGUCAAGGACAAGGUGGCCCAGUUCGAGCAGAUGGUGGGACCGAGGGAAGCCACGCAAGCGAAAAGCAGCAGCAACGACGUGCUCAACGCCCAGAGUCACCUGGAGGCGGAGAUCAGCAGUCUAGAACAAGGCCUGGAGGAAGAAUGCCUCAACUUCCAGCGCUGGCACCGGCAGGCCCAUAGGUCGGCAGGUGAGAGUCGCGGCCGGCAGAACCGACAGCUGCUCAACAUGAGCGUCGACAACGACCGGUGUCGGGAUCGCAUCCUCUCCAUGCAGGACGAGCUACAGAGGUCGGAAGGGCGACUGCGAGCCACCGAGCUGGCACGUGCCGAGGCCGACAAAAAGCUGGCGGACGCGAACGCCCUGCUGAGCUCGCACGAGACGGAGCGGCAGCAGUGGCUGGGCCAGAUCCAGCAGCUGACGGCGCAGCUGGAGCGACUGCAAGCAGCACCGCCGCCGACAGAGCCGGGGUCGCCGAGUCGUGCUGACCUGGAGGUCAAGGUCAGGGCGUUGGAGGCGGAGCAGACCGAGCGGGAGCGCCGCUCGGAGCGCUGGCUGGAUGACAUGGCUUACCAGAUCGUGCAGGCGCUCUUCAAACAGAAGAUGCUGCAAAACGGCUUGGCGUACCUGCGUCGGCGCGUGCGUGAGCUGGAGCAUGAGAACGCUGUGCUGUACUCGAUGCUCGGCCGCGCGCCUGGGGGCGCGCCGGCGUCCCCGGCCGCCCACCCGACGACACCGACGGCACCUUCAGGCGUCGGCUCAGCUGACGACGGUCAGCUGACGAUGAUGUGUGCGAAGGUGCGGCGCGUUCUCGAAGAGCACUACAGUGCGUCGACGAGCUCGCAGGCUGCGCCAGUGUCCAGCCCGCCGCACUGGUCUCAGUUCGACUCGCUCCUCACAGAUGGCGAUAUACCCGCCGCUUGCCUCGCCUGUGCUAGUCACACUUGUGAUAGUGGCUGCCGGCUGCAGCAGCCUCUCUGGACAGCCGAUCGGACUCCCGCACUGCAUGCCGCGGCGACCGGAACAAGCUGCAGUUCUGUGGGCGGCCACCAGAGUGCGCCGUUGGCGGGCGGUGCCGACAGUGGGAUUAUGCGUCGCCUCUGUGAGGUGGCGGACUCAGCGAGCGCCGCUCAGCGCAGCCUCAGCAGGCUCGGGUCGGAACAGUGCACAGUGCCGCGGGUGUACCAGGCCAAACCUGAAAGGGUGGCGACGUCCCACUUGUCGAGCGCCUUGACCGACUCUGAAAAAUGCGCCACUCUAGGCGUGCUGCCGCUGGAGCCGGACCUUCCGCCGGUGCCGUCCAACCUGUUUCCACUGCCGGGUGUGGUCUUCUCCAAGGCGUCGGCCGAGCAGCAGCCGCCGCCAGCGUUGCCGGCGGCGGCUGCGCGAGCCAGCUCCUGUCCCCCGAGCGCCGGCAGUCCGGCGGCGCGCGACGACUCGCGGCGCGAGGAGGGGCGCGACGAGGGCUACUCCACCAUGUCGAGCGACGUGCAGGCGAAUGUGUCGGCCGACUCGGGCGUGUCGACGGCCAGCACCGAGCCGCCGGCCGACCCCGAACCGGGCACGGCGCGCCGGCCGCGCUUGGAGGACGUGCGUGAGGUGCAAGAGGAGGAGGGGCGCACCUCCUGCCUGGAACAGGAGCGCCCCGCCUCGGCCAGCUCCAGCGACAGCGAGGACAUGCGGUGUCUGGUGGAAGCGCUGCGCCAGUCGCUGCGGCCGGGCCGGCGCCCGGCGCUGCUGACCGACCGCCGGCUGGGACCGGACGUGCUGUACCUGCCGCUGGCCGGCCCGCGCUGGGCGCCCGAGCCGGCGGCGCCGCCCUGGGACGGCGGGGCGCCCGAGCGCUCCUCGUCGACGCUCGAGAUCGGUGCCACCUCGACGCUGGACACGCGCCGCACGGCGUCGCUGCGGCGAGCCGCUGGCGAGGCGUGCCUGGAGCGGGCGUCGGCGGCCGGCGCGACGCCGCUGCCCUCGCCCGUCUUCGUGCCGGCGGCGCUGCCGUGGCGCGACGACUGCUCCGAGCUCUGGCGCAACUGCUUCAGCCUGGAGGCGGCCGAGCUGGAGGACUGGAGCCUGCACCUGUCCGCCGAGGAGCUGCGCUCGGAGGUCACCGAUGAGACAGGCGGCAGCGAGCGGCUGGCCGACAGCAGCGACUACAGCCGGGUCGGCUCCUUCCCCAACAUCCAGGAGGCCAUUCUGGAGCUGGAGGAGGACGCCAGCGAGUGCCUGUGGAACAACGCCAGCUACAUGUGCCAGCAGCCGGUGGCGCUGCCCGCCUGGCCGUACGGUAAUGUUCCGGAUCAACUGUCACUGCCGUCGCCCUCAGGCGACCCCAGGAUCAGCUGGUCCAGCUCCGAACAGCUCAACUUCAUUGACGUCAAGGACACGAUUCUAGACUUCAACGACAAGAACGACAUAAAAAGCACCGAAUGUUAUGGCACGUUUGAGGCGUUGAAUGGCAGGCUGGACGCAAACCGCAACUCAAACGGCAGCGACGCCAUGUCGUGCGUCAGCGUCGUCUCGGAGGACGAGCGGGCCGAGAGCUUAGAGACGGACUUCACCCGCGACUUUUACCGCCUCGUCAAGUACGAGAGCUCCAAGAGUCUGGCGCUGUCGGAGGCCUCGGCGAAGGGAGACGACGAGCCGGCGGCGUCCUCGGCCGACCGGGAGAUGGCACUGACGUCCAUGCUGAGCUUUAUCACCGAGCAGCAGCGCUACAUCGAGGAGCGUGAGAGUCAGGACGCGGCGCAGGCCACGGCGCACGAGCCCAAUACCAGCACCGACUCGGACUCAACCUCGUGCGCCGGCAUGGACCGCUCCUCCUCGUCGGCCGCGUCCGUCGUCGCCCGGCCGUGCGCCGACCGGGGCGUCCUCGACGCGUCGAUCGAGCUGGCGAAGCUGGCGCAGCGGUGCAGCGCCGAGCGGGACACGGUGCCCGCUUCGGGGUCUGAGCCGAAGUCUGGCGAUGAUGUGGCGAGCGGCGCGCCCGCCGUGAUUGUGUACCGCGCCGAGAUCUCCACCAACCACAAGGAGUACACGCCGCCUGUGGAGGGGCCGCCACCCGCGGCGGAGGGCAAACGGGGUGGUGACCGUGGCGGCAGCGGCGCGGCUGUCAAGACCGCGCGCGAGACCGCCGACACGGCGCCGACGAACGCUUCAAGGCUGCCGAAGCCGGGCAUCCCGCGCAGUCCGCUGAUUGGUAAGCGGAAGCACUCUUCCACAAACAACAUACCUCGUGUCCGUCCGCCCUCCUCCCCGAAAGUGUCGGCGCGGCUAAAGCGGGACGCGGAGCUGGUGCGCGCCGUCAGCGAGCCGGCCGAGAUCGCGGACGCGUGCCGCGCCCCGGCGAGUCCGCUGAUCGUCUCCGAGGGCGACGUGACUAGCUUCCACCGGCGCGCCACCAGCCGCCAGCUGCUGGACGAGCUGAAGCGCCUGUCGGCGCGCGAGGUGCAGGAGGCGCCGCCGCCGCCCGAGCCGCGCCAUCGCCGCGAGGGCUCCGACACCGGCUGGGUGCGUCUUGACCGGCCGGUGGACCUGCGCGACUUACAGGCUCGGUCGAAGAUGUAUGACGUCAUGCUGGCGGCGCGCGACUCCUCCGAUUCGUCCUCGUCGGACAGCGAGAGUGACGUCACGCCGCGGACAGCCAGCGAGUAUCAGCACCUCAAGUGGGUGCACCAGGCACGCAGAAGAAAGCAAGUCUCACGGCGAAAAGAUGGAGCCAUUCGCUACACCCCUGUCUUCCGUCCACCAAUCAUCAACCGGCCAGAGUUCUUCUUCCGCUACGGACCCCAGGAACGCGAGGCGUUGGCCAGGUUCGACUUCCUGGACCGGCUUCCGAGCUGGUCGGCCGGCGAGGGCGCGGCCGGCAGCCGGUGAUGGCUGUGACUGCCGUCCUGCACGCCCCACCCACACAGCCCCCCCCCCCCCCCCCCGCCUCAGCUCCGGAGCCGAAACGGACCGGGCCGCCACUAGUACAAUAGAGGGAGAGCGCGAGAGGCGAGAGUGAACCAGCCGUACACGUGAGCACACAAAUAUUCACACUUUCCCGUACCUAAGCAUGUUUUGAUAGCAAUUUAAAUAACGUCGCGUCGGGGGAGUGCAGUCAGCUGGCCCAAGAUGGCUGCGCCCUAUGGCGCAUGUACGCGUGCGAGGGAGCCGGUGCGGGCUCGAGGGACUACCUAACCCCAGCGGCCAUGCUGUGUACUGUGCACGUGAUGCAGUGAGUCUCGAGAUUCCCGGUUUUGAAGAUAUGAGCCUGUAGCGAGUCAGCAAUACAUAAUGACAUGUAAC